AACGUGAAGUCUCCGCGGUGCCUGAUGGGGCAAUUCGGUGGCGGGUAGCUGUUGCGGCAGGGGGUCCGCUCGUUACUGCCGUCGCAGUCCCUGCCGCCUCAUGGCGGCCAUCGGAGUCCACCUGGGCUGCACAUCAGCCUGCGUGGCCGUCUAUAAGGAUGGCCGGGCUGGUGUGGUUGCAAAUGAUGCAGGUGAUAGAGUUACUCCAGCUGUUGUUGCUUACUCAGAAAAUGAAGAGGUGGUUGGAUUGGCAGCAAAACAAAGUAGAAUAAGAAAUAUUUCAAAUACAGUAAUGAAAGUAAAGCAGAUCCUUGGCAGAAGCUCUGAUGACCCACAAGCUCAGAAAUACAUCAUGGAAAGUAAAUGUUUAGUUGUUGAAAAAAAUGGGAAAUUACGAUAUGAAAUAGAUACUGGAGAAGAAACAAAAUUUGUUAACCCAGAAGAUGUUGCCAGACUGAUAUUUAGUAAAAUGAAAGAAACAGCUCAUUCUGUCUUGGGCUCAGAUGCAAAUGAUGUAGUUAUUACUGUUCCCUUUGACUUUGGAGAAAAACAAAAAAAUGCUCUUGGAGAAGCAGCUGGAGCUGCUGGAUUUAAUGUUUUGCGUUUAAUACAUGAGCCAUCUGCAGCUCUUCUUGCUUAUGGAAUUGGACAAGACUCCCCUACUGGAAAAAGCAAUAUUUUGGUAUUUAAGCUUGGAGGAACAUCCUUAUCUCUGAGUGUCAUGGAAGUUAACAGUGGAAUGUAUCGGGUUCUUUCAACAAACACUGACGAUAACAUCGGUGGUGCACAUUUCACAGAAACCUUAGCACAGUAUCUAGCUUCUGAGUUCCAGAGGUCCUUCAGACAUGAUGUGAGGGGAAAUGCCCGAGCCAUGAUGAAACUGAUGAACAGCGCUGAAGUUGCAAAACAUUCUUUGUCAACCUUGGGAAGUGCCAAUUGUUUCCUUGACUCAUUAUAUGAAGGUCAAGAUUUUGAUUGCAAUGUGUCCAGAGCAAGAUUUGAGCUUCUUUGUUCUCCUCUUUUUAAUAAAUGCAUAGAAGCAAUCCGAGAACUCUUAGAUCAAAGUGGAUUUACAGCAGAUGAUAUCAACAAGGUUGUCCUUUGUGGAGGGUCUUCUCGAAUCCCAAGGCUACAGCAACUGAUUAAAGAUCUUUUCCCAGCUGUUGAUCUUCUCAAUUCUAUCCCUCCUGAUGAGGUGAUCCCUAUUGGUGCAGCUAUAGAAGCAGGAAUUCUUAUUGGGAAAGAAAAUGUAUUAAUGGAAGACUCUCUAAUGAUAGAGUGUUCAGCUAAAGAUAUUUUAGUGAAGGGAGUGGAUGAAUCAGGAGCCAACAGAUUCACAGUGCUCUUUCCAUCAGGGACUCCUUUGCCCGCUCGAAGACAACACACAUUACAAGCCCCUGGAGAUAUAUCUUCUGUAUGCCUUGAACUCUAUGAGUCUGAAGGGAAGAACUGUGCCAAAGAGGAAUCCAAGUUUGCACAGGUUGUACUACAGGAUUUAGAUAAAAAAGAAAAUGGAUUACGUGAUAUAUUAGCUGUUCUUACUAUGAAAAGGGAUGGAUCUUUACAUGUGACAUGCACUGAUCAAGAGACUGGAAAAUGUGAAGCACUCACUAUUGAGGUUGCAUCUUAGUGUUUUAGAUAAACCAAGACUUUUUUAGAAUUAGAAUAUCAAUAUUAUUUGGUUUUGUGUAUAAGCAAUGUUUAUAUUAAAGUACUUUUUCAGUGAACUGUAUAAGUCAUGUUUAUUAAACUACAAUAUGCUGGUAA